AUGUCGGAGGUACUCCAUCACAUCGUGCUCAAAUCGCGCGACAUCUCAUCCAAUGUGAUCAACGGUGACAACCCCGUCAAGUUUGACCCGUCAAACCCCAUCACGCUCUUCAUCGUCCAGCUCUUCAUCAUCAUCACCUUCACGCAAGGCCUUGGAUGGUGUUUCAAAUGGAUCCAGCAGCCUAAAGUCAUCGCCGAGGUCAUUGGAGGUAUCCUCCUGGGCCCCACGGCCUUUGGUCGCAUCCCAGGCUUCACGGAGAACAUCUUCCCGAAGCAGUCGGUCUCGUAUUUGAACCUGGUGUCGACGGUCGGUCUCGUGCUGUUCCUCUUCGUCGUUGGUCUCGAGGUCGACCCUGCCGUCAUGAAGCGCAACGGACGCAACUCGGCGCUGAUCUCUAUCGCUGGAAUGAUCAUCCCGUUCGGUCUGGGUGCCGCUGUUGCUGUGCCCAUCUAUCACAACUUCACGGAUCAGUCCAACGAAUUCGGUCACUUUGUCCUCUUCAUCUGUGUCUCGAUGUCCAUUACCGCUUUCCCGGUGCUUUGUCGUAUCCUGACGGCCACCAAGCUCCUCGACACCCAGGUUGGAGUCAUCGUCCUGGCUGCUGGCGUCGGCAACGAUGUCGUGGGCUGGGUUCUCCUCGCCCUGACCCUCGCGCUCACUACCGCCGGCAGCGGAGUGAACGCGGUCUACAUUCUCCUCUGUGCCGUCGGCUGGUCGAUCAUUCUGCUCUGGCCGAUUCGCAAGGCUUACUACUGGCUCGUCCGUCGCAGUGGCUCCCUGGAGAACGGCCCGACACCAAUGAUCAUGACUAUCACGCUUCUGAUCGUGUUCGCGUCGGCCUUCGUCACGAGCAUCAUCGGUGUGCACCCCAUCUUUGGUGGCUUCCUCGCUGGUCUCAUCAUCCCCCACGAGGGCGGUUUUGCGAUUGCCAUCACGGAGCGAAUUGAUGAUCUGGUCACCAUGCUCUUCCUUCCAAUCUACUUCGUGCUGUCCGGACUCAACACCAACCUGGCAGCCCUGGACACGGGCAAGAUUUGGGGCUACAUCAUCCUCCUCACUGUCAUCGGAUUCGUCGGCAAGUUCUUUGGCUGCGCUGGCGUCGCCAAGCUUUGCGGUUACACCUGGCGCGAAUCUGGAGCUAUUGGUAUGCUCAUGUCUUGUAAGGGUCUCGUCGAGCUGAUUGUGCUCAACGUUGGUCUGCAAGUGGGUAUCAUCAAUCAAGAGCUGUUCUCGAUGCUUGUCCUCGUUGCCGUCUUCCUGACGGUUAUCACGACCCCGGGCACUCUCGCCAUCUAUCCCAAGCGCUACCAUGAGAGGUUGAGCGCGAAACCGAAGAACAAUGCUCAAGGAGGCCCGAAUGGCGACCGGGCCAGGAAUCAGGCCUCUCGGAACGCCUUCCUUCGCUCGUCUGGAGGUGCGGCGGGCGGUCGCGAAUACACUUCGCGCCUUCUCGUCGUCCUUCAACGCAUUGAGCACCUCGCGGCGACCAUGUUCAUCACGCAGAUGCUUGAACCUGUCACCAACACCAUGAACCCUGGUGUUACCGCCAAGAUCGCGGCUCCUCCUGCCAAGUCUGAAAGCCAGGAGAGUGACAUCACCGAGGGUAAGGGACAGCUGUCGCGAACCAACUCGAACGGCGACGCGAGCCUCCCGCCCCCGCCGCCCAUGGCUGUUGCCGACGCCCGCGAAGCUGUUCACAUCGACGCUCUCAAGCUCAUUGAGCUCACCGGUCGUACGUUCUCCGUCAUGCAGUCCGCCGAGAAGGAUCAACUUCUGCUUUCCGACGACGCCCUGCAGCUUUUCCGUCAAUUCGGUCGCCUCCGCGGAAUUGACGUUGAGCCCCAUAUCUCCGUCAUUGGCCAGGAGGGAUACUCGAACGCCGUCGCCGAUUACACCGAGGAGCUUGGCUCCGAGCUCGUUAUCAUUCCCUGGACAGUGCCCAAUGUCAGCAACAACGCGCUGGUAAACACGGCUGCCGAUGGAGCAUCGAUCGCUUCGCCUUCCUCCGCCGCACCUCCGACUCCCUUUGACGGCAUCUUCGCUGCUGACGGUUCCCCGAUGUACACGCAUUUCAUCCGCAAUGUGUUCACCAGGUGUCACGCCGAUGUCGCCGUCUUCAUCGACCGUGGCUUCGGUGGUGUGGCCGCCACCUUCACUCCCGGGUUUGGACAGCACAUCUUCUUCCCCUUCUUCGGUGGCCCCGACGACCGUCUCGCUCUUCGCCUCGUCAUCCAGUUCUGCCACCACGCCAAUGUCACUGCCACCAUCGUCAGGGUUCAUCACGGUGACCUGGACGAGUCUGACGCAGAGACUGUGGACAUGAAGGACAAGAAUAUCUCGGAGGAGGUCAAGGCUCACCAGGCUGCGCUCCUGAGCAACCAGCUGACUGUCGGCGGAGCAAAGCUCGACGAGCAGAGCCGCACCGUUUCGGGCACGGCCGACAACAUUGCGUGGGAGUACUACACCACUACGGACGGAGCUAUCGCCGACGACGCCCUCCCUCGUAUCAACUUCGUCGAGCGCUCGUCUUCGCACCCUCUGAGGGAGGCGGUUCGUACGGCCGAGACCGACCUGGCCAUGUCGAAGGACCAGCCCAUGUGGCGACCUCUGCUUGUCGUUGUGGGUCGUGGUCGUCGUCGCGCCAUGCUGAGCCACGAACGUGAGCUGUCGGAGAUUCUUGCCGAACGUGGACAGAACCCCACUGUCGGAGCCGAGCUUCGCAAGACUGUGGGUGACCCCGCCACCGCUCUCAUCUUGGCCAGCGGCAAGACCCAUCAGGCAUCGUACCUCGUCUGUGAGGCUGGUCAGUGA